CGGCAUCUCUCCAUCUCCCUCUAAUCAAGAAACCUUCGUAUCGCCCUCGCUCUCUACCACCGUUUCAUCUCUGGCCAGUCCUUGGAGAGGCCCUCCCACGUCUCUCUACUUUCCGCUCGCCGCUUCAAUCACUUCCCCUCCUCGGUUUCAGAUCGCUUCCACCUGGUCCUUCCUCUCUCGAUUGCAUCGUAGCGGUAGAGAAAGCCCCAGGCGAAGAGUGAGAAAUGGCGAGGCCUUCGCGGGACGCGAUCGAGACCUUCGUGAGCAUCACCGGCGCCCCCGAGGCCGUCGCUCUGCAGAAGCUCGAGGAACAUGGUGGGGAUCUGAAUGAAGCUAUUAACGCUCACUUUAGUGAAGUAGAUAGGGUUAAUGCAAAUCAGAGAUCUGCCCCUCAUGAAGAUUUUAUGAACAUAGAUGACACUCUUGACAACGAACCUCUAAGGCCCUUGAUUCCAUUAUCAUCUGCUGCUCAAGAUGUGAACCCGUUUUCUUUACUUGAUUCUAAAUUUGGCCCUUUUGGGGAUCUUUCUGAUGGUGGAGCUGCUUCUGGUUUUCCUUCACACGGACCACGUGUUUCACACCCAAGGGAGGUAAGGGAAGUGCCCAUCGAAGUCAAGGAUGACGAUGGAGAACCUGGAGCUUCUGGCAUAGGACCUAGAAUUGAGAAUGUCUCUGGAAAUGAAACUGCACAUUGUCCAGAGAUUCAUGACACUGUCAUAAUUGAUGACGAAGAUGAUGAGGACAUCCAAUCUGCUCAUGCUGAUCAUGGUGCGAAGGCAUCCAGUGAUAACUCUUUUGGUCCACAUCCUGGACCAACCGUUUCUCCAUUGGUCGAUAUGUCUGAUUAUAACAAUGAUAUAGAGGAGGAAAUGGUCAGAGCUGCUAUUGAAGCUUCUAAGCGAGAAACUGUGCAAUCUGACAUGCAUGGUCACCAGAAGUCGCAUGCACCAGGUGCUACCGAUCUUGCACUAGCAGUUUCAUUGUCCUUGAAGACCGCAGAACAAGAAAGAGCACUACAUAAACAGGGUGUAUAUAUUGGAGAGAGUCCAUCUUUCGUGGAAGUGGAAAGUGCAGGACAAGUUUCUUCACUCAAUGGAAGGCCUGGAUUUGCUUUAGCUGAAACUGGAACUUCAAGUCAAGUGAAUUCAGAUGAAAAAAAUCCAUUUGUCUCAGAAGAAACUGAAGAUGUAGAGGAGCACCCUCUAGUGAGACACCAUUCCAACCAUGUAGCUCCUGUAGACACAGAAUCAGCAGAUGCUGGACUAGUGAGCUAUAGUGCUUCUAGUCCCUCACAGCAUGAUAUUAUUGAUAGACAUCCUCAGCAUAAUGGAGAUGCGUUUGAGAGAGAUGAGUGGGGUGGUAUGUCUUCUGAAGAGCAUGACGAAGCUCUCAUGCUUGAGGCUGCAAUGUUUGGCAAUGUUCCUGAUCAAACAGCUUAUCGUUUUGGAUACCCACACCGUCAAAUACCUCGUCCGCCAUCCCCUACACUUACCGCACAGCGCUUGUUGAGAGAGCAACAGGACGAUGAGUAUCUUGCGGCACUGCAAGCCGAUAGAGAAAAAGAAUUGAAGGCCCAGCAGGAGGCUGAACAUCGUCGUUUAGAAGAGGCUGCUGCUAGGGAAGCUGCUCUUCAAAAGCAGAAACACGAAGAGGAGGAAAACCAUAGGAAACAGCUUGAGGAAGAGGAACUUGAGAGGAUGCUUGCUGCAAAACAAGCAUCCUUGCCACAAGAGCCUUCUUCAGAUGAUGAAAAUGCUGUGACCCUUCUUGUGCGAAUGCCUAAUGGUAGUCGGCGUGGACGUCGCUUUUUGAAAUCUGACAAGCUUCAGUUUCUUUUUUAUUACAUUGACAUUGGAAAGGUGGUUAAGCCUGCCUCCUACAGAUUGGUGAGGCCAUAUCCUCGCCGUGCCUUUACUGAAGGAGAAAGUGAACUAUCUCUGAGUGAACUGGGCCUGACUAGCAAGCAAGAGGUUUUGUUUAUAGAGUUGAUUUAAAUACUGCUAGUUGGAUGACAUGCUUGCAAGUACUUGAACUAUAGGUUAACACAUCACAUGAAAAAUCGGACACGAUGGUGGCAUUUGCAGACCAUUUGGAGAUUGUCAUUAUAAGUAUUUGGGUGAAUGCAUGUUUUUAUGUGGAGACUUGGUCAUACUCCAUUUGGUGGGACUUCAGAAUUGGUUUAAUGUCUAUGUUUGCAGUAGGUACCCACCCCCCUCUUACCCCCCAACAAAAAAAAAAA